AUGGUUAAAACCAAGGCGGGCCAUGGUAAGUCGUGGUGUCCCUCUUCAGUGGACCUGCUGCUUGACAUCACUGCCGCGGUCUUACCCUUGGGUAAGAACCAAUGGGAAAAGAGAAAGUUCCUGCUUCUCAAGAAUGUUCAGAAACCAACCGGCCAUACCGACUGCCCCCCCGACGUCCUGCGUGCAAAACGUCUGCAAAGAGAAAUCGAGAGCUCUGUGGCGGUCCUGUCGAUGGAUGCAACCAUUUCGAUGGAUGAUGAACCUGACGACAGCGACGACUGUAGCGAUGACACCUUUCAGUCGGCCACGAUGCCGUCACAACUACCAACUCAACUGGAUGAUCAACGCGUUGAGGUCGGUCGUACGGGUUUGCAACCCUCCGAGCUUCAAGCGCUGAGCGACAAGCUCAAACAUAAACAAUCCGAUACCGGUGGUUUACUGUCGUACACGGCAAAAAAGAGACGCUCAAUUGACAAGUACAUUGAAGGAGCGUCGGAGUCAGAUGCGAAGGCGUCGUCCGACAUGAUGACGUUUCUUAUGGUUAUGAUCGAGCGGGAUGCCAAGCGUGAAGAGAUGAGGUACGAGCGACAGCAAAAGACCGUCAGGUUGCGCGAAGAGCGGGUGGAAAAGGCCGACAGGGAUCGGGAAGCCCGCGAAGCUCGCCGCGACGAAUUGCAAUUUCUCCUUGGCAAAAUUUUUGGGAAAAAUGAAUCGAGUUAA